AUGUUGACACGACCGAGAACAGUACAAGCACUCUCUUGUUUACGACAACAACAACCCUUCUCAUGCAAACGAUACAUGUCCAAUGCUUCCAAUGACAAGCUACCAGCUGCGAUCAAAUAUUGCACGGACUCGGUCAGACAACGCGAUUACGAGGGAUACCUUUGUGUACCGUUUUAUCCAUCCCAUUUGCGUAACGUACAAUAUGCCCUACGUGCCUUCAACGUCGAGUUGGCUUCUAUUCGCGAGAACGUAUCCAAUCCAACCGCAGGCAAGAUGAGAAUGCAGUUUUGGAGCGAUACCAUCAAUAAUAUCUACAAGGGUAAUCCACCACAGCAGCCUAUCGCGCUGGCCGUUGCCGCUGCUCUCAAAGAAUGCAACCUGUCACGGAUGUGGUUCAAGCGUAUCAUCACUGAACGUGCAACCAAUCUCGAGGAUCAUCAAUUUAUGACUGUCAAGGAUAUGGAAUCCUAUUCCGAAAACACGGCAUCCGCUCUCUUGUAUCUACAACUCGAAUCACUUGGUAUCAAGGACGUCAAUGCAGAUCACGCUAUCAGCCACGUUGGUAAAAUGAUUGGUAUCUCCACCUUUUUGAGAGCAUUGCCAUUUCAUUUGAGUCAUAAGCGAUUGGUGCUUCCAGCUGAGAUCACAGCCAAGUACAACAUUUCUCAAGAAGAUUUAUUCCGACAUGGUCACGCUGAAGGAUUAGAAGAUGCCAUUUUCGAGGUGGCAACAGCUGCCAAUGAUCAUUUGCUCACAGCUCGAUCCAUGCUCAAACAAGUCCCAUCCGAAGCAUUCCCUGUACUUUUAUCCGCGGUUCCAAGUGCUCGAUUCCUUGAAAAGCUCGAAUCUACCAACUUUAAUAUCUUCGAUCCCAAGCUCUUAAAGAAGGACUGGAAAUUACCUUUAGCAUUGUGGAAUUCGUUUAGAAAGCAUCAAAUAUAG